AACAUCGAAGCCUGGUUCUGCUACGCAGCAGCUGACUUCUACGAGCACGGUGUGAACGACGCACGUGCACAAUUCCUUGCAGUAGCCAAGGCACUACCGCGCGAAUUUAACAGGUACGUCACACCUAGUAUUCAAAUGGUUCAAAUGGUUGUGGACGGAAUAGAAGAAGCUUUCGCUUAACAGGCUUCCGUGUCUAGUAGCAGGGGAUCACCAAAUCCUCCAGGCAGGAACCUAGGUUUCUUUGCAUUUACCCAUCAUCUAAUUAAACUGUAAAAAGGAAUGGAUACUAAGGAAUUGGAGAAUUUUUUUAGCGAUCCUAUGGUUUCAGCUCAUAUUGAAUCAUUCAUGGAUGCUCAUUGUUCUAGUAAUUAUAAAACUUGAUCAAAUACGCUUUUAACAUUAUAAUAAUAACAGUAUUCACAUGUGAAAAGAAAUUCAUUCUGAACAUUAUGCAACACACAAAGAAUUUUCAGAAAUGAUGAAAAGUCUAUUAAAUAGCUCAUCAAUUCAUUACAAUCAAAUUCAGGAAAUGUAUACAACUUAUAAAAUAACUGAAGAUGAUCCUUCUUUUAGUUCAAUCUCUUAUAUAAUUGCAUUAUGGAAUUUUGAAUUAUUUUAUCAAUUAAUGACUUUGGUAAAUGUUGAUUUACAAUUAGAAGCAUUACAUUAUAUUCAACAGAAGUACGGUAAUCAAUUCAUACAAACGUAUUCAAACAACAAUAAUCAUGAUUCCUUGGGUAAUAAUUCUACUGAAAUAAAUAAAAAUGAACUAACUGAUAUGUUGUUAGAAAAAUCUCAACAGAAAAAUGGAAUGAUGAAGACAAUUAAAGAAACAAUUCAAAGUGAACUUUGUAAAAAUCAACAUAAUCAGAACGAUGGACAAUUAUUAAUAGAGAGUGAUUCUAAUACUUUUCGUGAUAUACCUACAAAAAAUCUCACUAACUCUACAAUUCCUCAUGAAAUAAAACUAACUUCUGAUACUGUAACACCAUCAUCAUCAUCAUCAUGGAAUCACAUAUUGAAUUUCAAUAACUCUGAAACCAUUCAUCAGCAAAAAUAUGACAAUACUUUAAGACCAACUAAAGAUGAAUUAGUUGAAAAGCAGGCAUUUCUAAGAAAACAACGUGAUCUACUGAUCGAAAUGCGUCAGAAAAAGCGUGAAAAGCUAUUUUCUGAUCAUGUACAAACUUUAACAGAUAACAGUUUUGUAUAUACUAAUAAUAGAGACCGUAAUUCAAUCGACAAGGAAGAACAUGAUAAAGUUAUGGAGAAACGUCGUAAGUUAUAUGAAAAACUAAAGAUUGAAGUGAUUAAUAAAAGUGGUUUUGAUCAGACAGAAAAAUAAAUUGGUCUAAUUUCCUUGAUUUUAUGAUAAUCGAUCGAAUAUUGGAUGGAUGUACAUAUACAUUUUUGAACAAUAAAUGUAUAGCUAUAAAACAGUGAAUGUGAAUAUCAGAAGUUUCAAUUGGAUCUUGACAUCGAUUCAUGGGAAGGAAUCUAGAUUGUGAGGAAAUUUCCACCGAAGAAGAUUGAAAUGGUUUAUGUGGAUCCCAGUUUGUUUGCAUUUUCACGCACCGUUCUCUUAUAAAUGCACGAUAUGUAGAAACACUGAUUCCUAUCAUUUCAAUUGCAUCAUUGUUGUUUGAAAUCCUAAUGUAAUGUUUACAUAUGACACUGUAUAAUUUUACCAAAACUAAAAUAUUUGAUUAUUCUCUAAGAAAUGUAUGUAUCAUCAAAAUAAUAAGUCAAGGAGUUUACAAUAAUAAAUAUCGUUACAGCAGUAGAACUAUUGGUAUUUAUUCUUAAAGACAAAAACCAUUGCAUCAAAUCAGAAAUUGCAAACUCUUGGAUGAUUGGAAGAGAAAUAUUUGGCUGAUUUACCAUGUAGAGUCCAGGUCGAUUGAACAAUUAAAUAAGGAUUUAUUGAUAGUAAUUGUAACUAUCGGAAUGAAACCAGUGUCAAACCCGGAAAUAUAAAUAACCCGAACUCACACAUGGGUAAGUGGA